AUGGAUACCGCUUCUUACGACGAGUUCGGCAAUUACAUCGGACCGGAUCUUGAGAGUGACGAUGAUGACGAUCAGAGCAUCUAUGGCCAACCGGACCAACAGGAUGACGAAGAGGAGGAAAUGAUGGAUGACGAACCGGAACCGGAGGAGGAAGAAAAACGGACAUCCAAAGCCGUGGUACUGCAUGAAGACAAACGCUACUACCCUACGUCCAUCGAGGUUUACGGCGAGGAAGUCGAAACAAUCGUGCAAGAAGAAGAUGCCCAACCCCUGGACAAGCCUCUCAUUGAGCCAGUAAAGCGGCUUAAGUUUCAGCUGAAGGCACAGGAGCUCCCCGAAACGACCUACAAGAUGGAGUUUCUUUCGGAUCUCAUGGACACGCCGACACUGAUUCGAAAUGUAGCUCUUAUUGGGCACCUGCAUCACGGCAAAACAACGUUUGUCGAUUGUUUGGUGCGCCAGACGCACCCCCAGCUGCGUAACAUGGAGGAACGCAAUCUGCGCUACACGGACACGCUGUUUACCGAGCAAGAACGCGGAGUCAGCAUUAAAGCGACCCCUAUGACGCUCGUCCUCCCGGACGUUAAGGGAAAGAGCUUUCUACUGAACACGUUCGAUACGCCUGGUCAUGUAAACUUUUCCGACGAGGUAACCGCCUCAAUGAGGCUCUGCGACGGUGUGGUGCUGUUCGUAGACGCCGCCGAGGGCGUGAUGCUCAAUACGGAGCGGUUGCUUAAGCACGCGAUCCAGGAGCGCUUGUCCUUUACGUUGUGCAUCAACAAAAUUGAUCGGCUGAUACUGGAAUUGAAGCUUCCCCCGCAGGACGCGUACUUCAAGCUGCAGCACAUCGUGGACGAAAUCAACGGCCUGUUGACGCUGCACGGGGAUUCGACUGUGAAACCGGUCUCCCCGGUGCUGGGUAACGUUUGUUUCGCUAGUUCUUUGUACGGCGUAUGCUUCACGCUGAAAUCUUUCGCCCGGCUCUACGCCGACACAUACGAAGGAGUCAACGUCGAAGAAUUUUCCAAGCGCUUGUGGGGUGAUAUGUACUUUCACUCCAAAACGCGCAAGUUCACACGUAAACCGGCACAUACGUCUGCUCAGCGGAGCUUUGUGGAGUUUGUGCUCGAACCGCUGUACAAGCUGUUCGCACAAGUCGUUGGCGAUGUGGACACGACACUCGUUGAUACGCUUGCAGAGCUACAGAUUCCAGUGUCGAGCGAAGAGAUGAAAUGUAACAUACGACCGCUUCUGCGGACUGUGUGCAAUCGGUUCAUAGGUGAUUUUUGUGGCUUCGUCCAAAUGUGCGUGGAUCACAUACGUUCUCCUCUUGAGAACGCUCAGACCAAGAUUGAUCACAUCUACACGGGGGUACGCGAGAGUGGCAUCUACCAGGAUAUGUUGCAGUGUGACGCCAACGCCCAGCUAAUGGUGCACAGCUCAAAGAUGUACCCGACCGAGGACUGUACCUUUUUCCAGGUGCUAGCACGUGUGAUGAGUGGCACGUUGCAUGCUGGUCAGGAGGUGCGAGUGCUCGGCGAGAACUACACGCUGCAGGACGAAGAAGACAGUCGAGUGCUGCAAGUUGGGCGCCUCUGGAUCUACGAAGCGCGGUAUAAGAUUGAACUGAAUCGUGUGCCGGCUGGGAACUGGGUGCUGAUCGAAGGUAUCGAUCAGUGCAUCGUAAAGACAGCCACCAUCACCGAUGUGCAGAUGUCCGAGGACGUAUUCAUCUUCCGGCCGUUGAAAUUCAACACGCAGAGUGUGAUUAAAAUUGCUGUAGAACCAGUGAAUCCAUCAGAACUGCCAAAAAUGCUGGACGGCUUGCGGAAGCUGAACAAAUCCUAUCCCCUGCUGUCGACCCGUGUGGAAGAGUCGGGUGAACACGUGAUUCUAGGAACGGGCGAGCUGUACCUGGACUGUGUGAUGCACGAUCUGCGCAAGAUGUACUCAGAGAUCGAUAUUAAAGUGGCGGACCCAGUGGUGGCAUUCUGCGAAAGCGUUGUUGAAACAAGCUCGCUUAAGUGCUUCGCCGAGACACCGAACAAGAAAAACAAAAUCACGAUGAUUGCGGAACCGCUCGAGAAAGGUCUCGCGGAGGACAUCGAGAACGAGACUGUUUCGAUCGGCUGGAACAAGAAAAAGCUAGGAGAGUUCUUCCAGGUCAACUAUCAGUGGGAUUUGCUAGCUGCUCGAUCGAUUUGGGCAUUCGGACCAGACACAACUGGUCCUAACAUUCUCGUAGACGAUACGCUACCGUUCGAAGUAGACAAAACGCUGCUUGGUACGGUGAAAGACUCGAUAGUACAAGGCUUUCAGUGGGGAACUCGCGAGGGCCCACUGUGCGAGGAACCAAUACGGAAUGUAAAAUUCAAAAUCCUGGAUGCGGUAAUCGCUCCAGAACCGCUGCAUCGCGGUGGAGGUCAAAUCAUUCCGACGGCACGUCGCGUUGCCUACUCUGCGUUUCUGAUGGCAACGCCACGUCUUAUGGAACCUUACCUGUUUGUGGAAGUGCAGGCACCAGCUGAUUGCGUUUCGUCCGUGUACACCGUCCUGGCACGACGACGUGGACACGUCACCCAGGACGCACCUGUUCCCGGAUCGCCGCUUUACAUCAUUAAAGCGUUCCUACCGGCAAUCGAUUCGUUCGGAUUUGAAACGGAUCUGCGUACGCACACCCAGGGACAAGCGUUUUGUUUGUCCGUAUUUCACCACUGGCAGAUUGUGCCCGGAGAUCCGCUAGACAAGAGUAUCGUCAUCCGCCCGCUGGAACCACAACCAGCCACACAUUUGGCGCGUGAGUUUAUGAUGAAGACACGGCGUCGUAAGGGUCUCUCGGAAGACGUAUCAAUCAACAAAUUCUUCGACGAUCCCAUGUUGCUCGAACUGGCCCGUCAGGACGUUCUUCUAAACUAUCCCAUCUAA